AUGGCGCCGUCGGACGAGCAGCGCCGCAGCCAGAAGUCCAUCAUCCGCUCCCUGGACAAGCGCAGCAAAGGCCUCUGCAAGAAGGCUACCGAGCUCUCCACCCUCUGCAACGCCGACGUCUGCCUCGUCUGCUACCGUCCCGGCGCCACCGCCCCGGUCGUGUGGCCCGAAGACCCCACCCGUGUCGGCCGCACCAUCGGCCGCUACCUCGCCGCCUCCCCCUCCAAGAAGCUGGCCAAGAACCAGGUCAGCUUCAAGAACCCCAACCCAGGCCAAGCCCAAGAAGCCGUCACGAACAACGACGACGACGACGAUGAGGAGGAGGAGGAGUGUAAAGAGGCCAAGGCCAGGAAGGGCAAGAAGAAGGUGGUGGAUACAGAGGACAGUCUCCGGUUACCAUGGCCGGACGACGAUUGCGCGCUGGGGUCUCUGGUGGAGGCGUUGGACUCUAGGCUGAAGAAGGUGAGGGACAGGAUCGAGCAGCUGGUGGCAGAAGACAUAGCGUCGACCUCGACGGCACCGGCACCGCAGGAUAAGUACUCGACCGCCACAGGAGGCGCCUCCACAAGCUGCAGCGCUUAUAGGGAACCGCCGGCUCCGGCGUUCGCAACCGUCUGCCCAUGCAUGUACUGCCCUCUGCACGGGUACUGGGCCAUGCGACGUCUGCAUGGCCAAGACCAAAACCGAAGGGAAGACAGGAGUUGA